CCUCUCAAACAUCAAAGAAUAAAUUCUAAAAGAAUUCUUGCAGCGCACUAUUUACAUUUGUUGUUUAGAUUUCUUUUACAUAUACAUAUAUAUAUAUAUAUAUGUACAGUAAGUUCCAAACCCUACCCCCACAUGUUCUUUUUCCUCUUUAAGCACCAUUUUACUGCGCAACCAAUCCGCAGUGAAUGCUGCCUUAGCAUUAAAUUGUCAGCCAAUCAGAGCAAUUCAAUUUCCGCCCCCAUCUUCGUCAGCUUAGAAGCUGUAGCCUAGAGUAGAGGAGUUGAAGCUAGUUAUGUAUACAAUUAGACUGAAAACAUAACCUUAACAUCACUUAAUUAAUUUGCAAUCAGAAUCAUAGUUUAUAAUGCUAUAAUAAUACGUUUUGAUUGUUAUAAAUACAUUUAUUUUAUAAAACUAGUUUUAUGUUUCUACAUAUAUAGCAUCUUCCAGUCAUAAAAUCGACUUUCAAUAUUUGUUUACUGUCUAUUAUUUAAUGUAUUGUUUAUACAGUUAUAAAAAUUAACUAAAAUGUAUGUACCAAAUAAUUAAUAUAGAUUUAUUGUCUAUGUCACUUAAAUAUUUCGAAUAAAAUGGAUGUAAAAGAUAAUAUCAUGACAGAGUUUCCACUCGAAUUACCACCUAUUUGGCCAGAUAUCAAGACUGAGUUAAGAGAAUAUAUUGUAUGUUUGGAUAAUCUUCCAAUAUAUCAACUUGACAAUGCACAGUGUUAUUGGCCGAGGAAACCUAAUAUUUUGUCCCUUUUGGACUCUGAUAUAUCACCUCUUGGUAGUACCUUAAGAUUUAAUUGUGAUCCUGUUAGUGGAAAACAUGAGAAAAUGUGCGAAGUAGCUUUAAAAUCAGCUGGAGAAACUGCAAGGAAUUCUAUGUCCAUGACACGUGCACCAGGACCUGCUGCUGAAAGUAUCAGAGGAAAUAUGAGCAAUAUUCCAUUUUUUCCUGGUGGGUUUGAUGAACCUAAAAUGAUAGAGGAUUCAUUGAUGGAAGAAAUUGACUUUGAAAAUAAUUUAAGAACUUUGGCAAAAGGAUUCAGUGUUGGUACGGAGUUCAAAAGUGACAAUUGCACACCAAAAGAAGCUAGUACUCAAGAGGAACAAUUUUCUAAAUCAGAAAAAAAUGAAAUUGAAGAAAUAGCGGAUAAAAUUAAUUUAAUGUCUAUUGUAAACGAAGAGCGAAAUGUUCUGGGAUUAUGGUUACCAGAACCAACAGGAACAGAGGGAGACGAAAUUAAAGAAUCUUCGAAUGUGCAAGAACCAUCAUUUGAUGAUGUUGUUCCAUUAUUAGAAGAAACAAAUGUUCCUGUUUUGCAAAUCUCUGAGAAACCUGCAGAGAACAUGAAGUCAGUGUGGGCUGAACAAUUAGACGUCUCCACACCAUUAAUAGAUUUUGAAAAACGUAUUCCUGAACUAGCAAUGAGUUUUCCUUAUGAAUUAGAUAUCUUUCAGAAACAAGCAAUAUUGAAGUUAGAAGAGAGCUGCAACGUGUUUGUUGCAGCUCAUACGUCAGCUGGUAAAACAACAGUAGCAGAAUAUGCCAUUGCUUUAAGUCAGAAGCAUAUGACAAGGGUAAUCUAUACAUCUCCCAUAAAGGCAUUAUCGAAUCAAAAAUACAGAGAGUUUAAGAGGAAAUUCGAUAGUGUUGGAUUAUUAACAGGAGAAUUACAAAUUAACUCAAAUGCUUCAUGUCUCAUCAUGACUACAGAAAUUUUACAAGCUAUGUUAUAUUGUGCAUCUGAAGUUUUAAGAGAUUUAGAAUUCGUCAUAUUUGAUGAAGUUCAUUAUAUUAAUAACGAUGAUCGUGGUCAUGUAUGGGAAGAGAGUGUCAUUCUUUUACCAAAAACAGUUAACAUUGUAAUGUUAUCUGCAACUGUUCCAAAUCCGCUUGUAUUUGCUGACUGGGUCGGUCGUAUAAAAAAAAAGAAGAUGUAUGUGAUAAGCACACUCAAAAGACCGGUACCACUUGAACAUUACUUGUACACUGGAACUGAUGGUAGAACAAGAGAUAAUAAAUUUUUAGUGUUAGAUGAAAGUGGUCAAUUUAUACAAGAAGGAUGGUGCGAAGCAGUCAGUUCAAAAGAAUUAAAAAAUAAAGAUAAAGAGAUAAAAAGAACAACCAAUCAUCACUUGACUUCAAAGCAAGAGCAAGUAUUAUGGAACGCUUUUAUAGGUCAUCUUAGAAGCAAAAACAUGUUACCAGUGGUCGUCUUUAUGUUAUCGCGUAAACGAUGUGACAAAAGCGCUGUUCUGUUAAGAAACGUUGACCUCACAAGUGAAAGUGAAAAAUAUACUAUUAGAACAUUUUUUCAAAAUAAUAUUAAACAUUUGAAAGGCACUGAUAGACACUUGCCACAAGUUCUCAUGAUGCAAGAGCUGCUACAAAAUGGUAUUGGCAUUCAUCACAGUGGUAUAUUACCAAUUUUAAAGGAAAUAGUGGAAAUGCUUUUUCAAAAUGGAAUUGUAAAGUUAUUGUUUGCAACGGAAACGUUCGCAAUGGGUGUAAACAUGCCAGCGCGUACAGUGGUUUUUGAUUCAAUUAAAAAGUUUGACGGUACGAACUUCCGAAUACUUCAUGCUACUGAAUACAUACAAAUGGCUGGACGUGCAGGUCGUAGAGGCCACGAUACCGCUGGAAUGGUUAUAGUUAUGUGUAGAACGUCGGUACCACAUUAUAAUGAGUUGAAUGCCAUGAUGUGUGGUCAGGCUCAAAAAUUAGAAUCUAAAUUCAAAGUUACAUAUUCCAUGGUGUUAAAUUUGAGAAGAGUGAACGAGGCAGUAUCGGUUGAAGCGAUGAUACGUAGAUCUUUUAAAGAAUCUCCACUAGCCAUAAAACAGAGCUCUUAUAAAGCCCAAUUGCAAAAAGUGGAAGACAAACUGUCGAAGUUACCGCCUCUGACCGAGAUACAAAGAAAACUUUGCGACUUCUAUAGAGCAGCUAUUGAAUUCAUAGAAUAUUCACAGUAUUUGAAACCCUUGAUGUUUGAAACUCAGAAAAAAAUGAUGAAAAAUAUAGUACCUGGCAAAGUAUUGCUUGUAUCAUUUGAAAGUCAUUAUAAUAAAUUAGCUUUGCUACUGGGUAGCGUUCAGAGUAAAGGUAUGAGACAGUUUAGGGUAUUAAUCCUUAAAGAUUCAAAAGCAUCGAAGUCUAUUGAAGACAAGUCAGGAGUUCCUAAAGCUAAGAGUACACUGUGGCACGAUAUUGUUGCUUUGACGAAGAAAGAAUUAUAUGUGCCCAUUGGAGUUGCAACUAGCGAGGUAAUCACCAUACCCAUAUGGAACGUAAUAGAAGUAACUAGUCUCGAAAUUAAGGUAUCUUGUCCUUUGGUCCUGUCGGAUUGGGAGAAGAGGCAACUUCCGAGAUUUAGGAAUGAACCACUUGGUCCAACUUAUAAACUUGCUGAGCAAGAUUUGAUGUCAUUGUCUUUGAAUGCUGCGUGUAUUCCUACUAUUAUGGAACCUUUUGAAGAGAUGAAAUUGAAUUACGACGUCGGCAUGAAAAUGCAACAUUUGCUUCAAUUGAAACAAAAGGUAGAUAACAUGAGCUGUGCGCAAAUGUCAAAUUUCGAAGAACAAUUUGAACCAGUGUUUGACCGAAGUGAAUUGGAAAAUGAGAGAAAAAAACUUCAGCUAAGACUCAGUGAUGAAGAAUUAAGUCUUUAUCCAGAGUAUACGAACGCUGUUGCUCUUCUCAAAGAAUUAGGAUACAUAGACAACGAUGAAAGAGUUGCAUUAAAAGGUCGAGUUGCUUUGCAAAUGGGAAGUAAUGAGUUACUAAUUACGGAACUUAUUCUUAAAAAUGUUUUAACGGUACUUCAACCAGCUGAAAUAGCAGCACUGUUGUCCACUGUGGUAUUUCAACAACGAACAAACGUUGAACCAAAUCUUCCACCAUCAUUGAAGAAGGGUUGCGAUGAAUUAAAGCAAAUAUAUACCCAAUUAGAGCUUUUAGAACAAGCCUAUCAAUUAACAACAUUACAAUCACUAAAUUUUGGUUUAGUGGAAGUGGUUUAUGAUUGGGCACAGUCAAAGUCGUUCGCUGAAAUAAUGGAAAAAACAGACGUACAAGAAGGAAUCAUAGUACGAUGUAUUCAACAGUUAAAUGAAACACUAAGAGAUGUUAAAAAUGCAGCAAUGACUAUUGGUGAUCCUGUUUUGAAAGAGAAAAUGGAGAAAGCUUCUACAGUUAUUAAGAGAGACAUCGUUUUCACCGCAUCUUUAUAUACACAAGAUUAAUCAUGAAACAGCUUUUAUGUUCAGUAAUUUAUUUCACAUAGAACAUUUGAAUUUCGAUCAUAUGACAUACUCGUGGAAAGAUGUUUAUAUUUUUUAAAUCUAUACAUUCUAUAUGGAGUAUGUGCUAAGAGAAUGUACAAUAAGAUCUUGUUUAUACAAUGAAUGUAAAAUACCGUAAUUCCAUUUUACUUUACAUAAUCCUUUCUGUAUAGGUAUGCAAUAAAAGUGAGAACAUAAGGAA